AUGACUUCGGAAGGCCAUUGUGUUUUUGUGCUGGUCUACGUGGACGAUGUCUUGGUGACUGGAAGCUCGCUCGAGAUGAUUGCGCGCACCAAGAACGACCUCAAGACACGCUUCGAGAUGACGGACAGCGGCAAGUGUGCGUUUGUUCUUGGGAUCGAGUUAUUGGACGGUGAAGAUGGCAGCGUGACUAUGUGUCAGCGCCGUUAUGUCGACGAUAUCCUCAAGCGCUUUUGGCAUGGAUGA